CAAAUUGUCAUGAAAUCAUCUAGGAAACUGUAUCUUCACCAAAGUCAGGUACAAGAUUGAUUAAAGAUGAACAGUGUUUGGAGGAAACACCCAAGACCAAUUUGAAGAGGAAACCUACUCCGGGUCCAGGAAAAGAAAAUAAGUCUGAUAUCAAGGUAUAUGAUGGAAAUCUUGUGGGCUCACGUGUUAAAGUUUGGUGGCCAGAUGAUCGUGAGUAUUACAAUGGUACCGUUGAGUCCUUUGAUUCUGCCAAAAAGAAGCACAAGGUUGCAUAUGAUGAUGGUGAUAUAGAAAUAUUAAAUCUUAGAAAGGAAAAAUGGGAGCUUCUUCAGGAAGGAGAUGAUCAUGCAGGACCUGAUGUUUCAGCUGAUAUGCCUUCAAAUAAGAAGAGGAAAAGAAGUGCUGGUCAGUCAACCAAGGGAAGAAUUACGGAUUCUCUUGCCAAGAGUGGAGGAGCUGCAUCCAGCAAAUCGAAGGGCGCAUCCACAAAGGCUGGCAAUAAGUCGAAAGAUGGCAGCAAAGUUGAUAGCAAAGCCAAAGAUUCCAAGAGCAUCGGCAAAUCGGAGGAUGGCAUUAGUAGAAAAUCAAAGGAUCAUGGCUCGAAAAGUGGUUCCAAUAAGUCGGCUGAUGCUACACCAGUGAUGACUGAAUCCAACGACGUUGACACUCCCAAGGCCAGCAAAUCAAAGAGCGAUUCUAAGCCCAAGCAAGAAACCCCAAGAAAACCCAAGAAAGAAACAUCAAGUACUCCUGCUUCUAAGGGGAGACCACCCAAAAGUGUUGGAAAGUCCAAUGUUAAUGCAACUGGCAAGGUCAAAUCUGGUUCAUCAAAGACAAAAGAUGCCAAGAAUGAGUUCUCGGCUGAUUCAACAGAAAAGGCAAAAGACACGAAGGAUAAGGGAUCAAGUUCAUCCAAGGCACAAGGAAGUGCUGCCAAGGCUGGAAAAAAGCGUCAAAGGGGCUAGAAAUAGAUAUCUACUCAUUUUGGUUUCCAUCGAAGCUAUUUGCUCGGCUUUGCCUCUAAUAUUCCAUGCAGCAUUUUCGGUAUUUUCUCCGGGUCUGGGCUUUGUAAUUUAAUCUAGGCCGUGUAUUACUCCAUUUGUGGCGGAUUAGUUAUUCCCACAAUGUUGCUACUUGCUAGCAUUGUUAUCUAUAGUUAGGUUAGGAGUUAGUAUCUAUCAAUUUUUUUCACCUUGUUUCUAGGAAGACGUAAUUUGGAGGCAUUUUUCCGAUGUGUUUGCAGGCAACCUAGCUAGUGUUUUGGUAUAUACGAAAAUUUGACACAAA